AUGGCGUCCUUGACUCAGCGUCUCCUCCUUCUCCAGCUGGUCAUCCUCUCGCUCUCAAUUAUCUCCACCAACGCCAGGCCCUGCAAGACGCUCUUCAUCUCCUCCUACUCCUUCUCCUUCAAGCAAAACCCUUCCUCCUCGGGAGUCGUCACCGUAGUCACCGAGAUCGGCCGCUUCAGUCCCAGGCCUACCUUCGAUCGAGCCUUCCCCUCCGAGAUCUUCGUCUUUCCAGUCAACGAUGAGGUGCAGGAUCGUCCAAUAGAGCGGGACGACAUGCCGUUCGGGUUGGGGUAUAAGAAGUCACUGUCCUCCUCCUCCAACUACGACUACAGCUCGCUCCGGGACCGCACCAAGGACAUCCUCAGCGUGGUGGUGGCUCUGCUCUUUGGCGUCGGCUGUGGGGCCCUCACUGCCGCAACCAUGUACCUAGCCUGGUCCCUAUUCUCCAACCGCUUCUACGACUUCCGCUACGGCUCUCCCUAUUCCGAUGACGAUGAAGACGACCACGAUGACGACGUCAGCCCCAAGAAGUUGGGCUACGAGAAGAUUCCUGCCGCUGAUUCCGUGCCCGCUCCAGCGCCUGCCCCGGCCAAGCAAGUGGUAUGA